AACGAGGCAGGCCGACACCGUACCUAUUGUUCAACACAAGCUUGCCAGACUGCUCGCAGCUAUGGAUGUUCUCCCUCAAUAUCCCUGAAACCUGAUGCGUCCAAUGGAUGAAGCCAACCCAUAUGACCAACGCCCUGCAAAGCGACAGAAGCUGGCCGCGUCCGAACCAGGUCCAUAUGUCCUUCGUGCCGUGCUCGAGGACAUUCCGCUGGCGGCGGACGACGGUGAAGCAGAAGUAUCGAUAACUUGUGUAGAAUAUUGGAACAACAAUUUAUACAUCGGAACGUCUGCGGCCGAAAUCCUGCAUCUAGUCUCGAUCCCUUCUGAACAGGACGACGAAAAUGCUGCUUCGACCUUCAUUCUAGCCUCCCGACUUCAACCCAGCGGCCAUGCCGUAUCAACCGACUCGCCAAAUGCACCAGGCAUCCAGCAGAUCCUUGUCCUGCCUGGACCUCUGAAAGCCUGCGUAUUGUGCAACGGCGUGGUCUCGUUCUACUCACUUCCAGAAUUUAGUCCGGCAUUUCCUAACAGGGAACCCACUGGGGUCCAGUGGAUUGGUGGCAUCGACGAAAAUGAAGACAAAGAGAAUCCGGAGGGGCCUGUGGUGAUGAUUGCAAACUCGCGAAGAAUCAUUUUGGUCCGAGUGGGUGAAAAGCUGCGAGCAAUCAGAAAUAACAUCGAAUAUCCCGGCUGUUUGAGAUCGAGCAGAAGAGAGACUAUCGCAUGCGUGGCUGAUGACACGAGUUAUGCACUCCUAGAGGUCGAACACCAGCAGAAGAUCCCGCUGUUUCCCAUCUCGUCGCAGCCCACCGAUGAUGAUGUUCCGGCCGAUAAUGGGGGGAGGUCUCCAGCACGGUCUCCCCCACCUGUAGAAGCAGCGGGUCAUGGCCGAAGCACAAGCAUGGGAAACCUGAUCGGCUCUACGGAGGACAGGAAGGAGAGUCCUCACGGGCGUCAGGAGUCUCCCUAUCUAAUGCCUCCGGACACGACAUCAGCUGGUUCAGGCCGACCCGCAUCACCAUCUACCAACAUACCAGGCCCCGACGGAAGUGCUGACGGGAGCGCACGUCCAAGAGCGCGCCCCCGUGCGUCAACCGAGGCACUCCCCUCCAGAUCAGCCGCUGGCAUUAACAGCAAGCAUUCUGACAAGCGUCUCAAGCCGCACAUCCUCUCGCCUUUUCCGACGGAAUUCAUGCUAACAACUGGCACCACAGAAUCCGAGCCUGGUGUUGGUAUGUUUGUGAAUCUGGAUGGUGAUGUUGUUCGAGGGACGAUUGACUUUGAGAGUUAUCCCGAAGAUCUGCUCGUGGACAACUUCGUUGUACCAGAAAAUGAAGGUGCCCCACGCUCGGAAGAUGAAGGCAAAAUCAUCUUUGCUCUUUUGCGAAAAGUUCAGGAAGGCAUGACAGAGAGAAAGUUGGAAAUACAGCUGGUCGAGAAUGCAUCUGAACUGGCUCACCCUCGCACUUGUGUCGCACUGCCAUCAAGCAGAUUCGAGAAUGCUCCCGCUGGCUUGCACCACACGCUAAGUACGCAUAACCAUUUCUUCAAAACCCCCGGAGAACUCCUGCAACUGGCGCCACUUUCCAUCAAGUCAUUGAAUCACCGAGAAAGCACCCAACGCGAGAGUGACCCGAGGACACAAUCGGCCAUGGAACAGGUGGAGCAAGAGCGCGCUCUGUUCGACAGCCAAUCCUUGAGCACGCCCGUGGAACCGUCGAAUGAACUCGUGAGGAAGCGUGCUGUCGAAGAAGAAAAGCUUGCCCGUCGCCUCGGGCGAGCUUUCACGAGGAACUUGGUCUGGCACGGACAAGAUCUUCUCAUGAUCUUGCAGAAUCCUUUGAUUUCGCAGCUCGAGUAUCGCCUGAUGCAGUAUAUGGUUGACGGUCAGCCUGCCAAUGUAAUCCCUGGUCAAAUCUUUGGCUUCUUGGCCAGUAUACACGGUCGCGAACCGAAGGACGAAACAGAAUUCCUUACGUUAAACUAUAUCAGGCAAAAGGCUAGUCUGAUACUGUUUUUGCAUUUGGAGACACAGCUUCCGGGUGCCUCUGCCCUUCAAGACAUAUUCCGGGCCAUUGAAAAUACACUACAUGAUGGAGGAUUGGAUCCGCGGAUCGUGCUUCUCCUUUUACCUCCACUCUCGUCAGAGGUCUUGUACGGGCCGGAAGGUAUCUGGCUUCACCAAGGCAUGGCAGAGCUCCUGCAGGACCGUCAAUCGCCCGUUUCUAAUUUUGAGGAUGCUCCGACUGAGUUCUGGAUGAUGAUGAGACAUUUCUUGAUGCUGUGGCAAGAGAAGCGCGGGUAUGGGAGCAUUGCAGAUGACAAACAUGUCUUUGAUUCCGUUGAUGCGGCGCUUCUUCAUGUGUUGCUCUAUUUGGACCAGGCGUUGCCGACAGAUAGCCCUGCCCAGAGAUCAGUGCGAGCUAAAUUGCACAAUGUCGUCGAUCAGUGGAAGGGCGAUUUUGAUCGUGCGACCCUGCUUCUGGAACGGUACAAUCGACUAUACGUCCUAAGCCGGCUCUACCAGAGUAGGAAGCAAGCUCAGGAUGUCCUUGCGACGUGGAAGCGGAUCAUAGACGGAGAGAAGGAUGUGGAUUACAGUUCGAAUAUUGGCUAUGUGGAAGGUCAGCUGCGCCGCUACCUGACAGUCAUUCGAGAUGCCGACCUCGUUCAGAGCUAUACUCUGUGGCUUGCACAGCGGAAUCCAGAACUCGCUGUCCAAAUCUUCACAGAUGACGCUGCACGGGUCAAGUUCAGACCUCAAGAAGUGGUCGAGCUUCUCAAAGAACAAGCGCCAGGAGCAGUCCAGCAGUACCUGGAACACCUCGUCUUCGGCAAACAUCUCGGCCAGUACGCCGACGACCUGAUCGGCUAUUACCUCGACUCGGUCCUCACCGUUUUGGAAAAGUCCGAAUCUGCCCGUUCGUCGCUAGCAGAAAGCUAUUCGACCUACCGAGCGCUUGAGUCGCCUAAGCCGACCUACCUGGAUUUCAUCCACCAAAACGCCCCUCAAGAGCCAUGGUGGCAGUCACGCCUUCGUCUCCUCCAGCUUCUUGGAACUGGCGCAUACGCAACGACGGGUACAAAUGACGCUGGGAACGAUUUGACUUACUCGGUCUCCAUGGUCCUGGAGCGCAUGGCACCCUUCUCCUCCUACCUUGUCUCAGAAUCAGUUAUCCUCGAUGCCCGCCAAGGCCGUCACAAAGAAGCCCUCCGCCUGUUAACCCACGGAUUGGGCGACUACGACACGGCCACACGAUAUUGCUACUUCGGCAGCCCCUCUGCCCCCUCAUCCUAUCCCAUUGACCCUUCCACCUUGCCCUCCCGAACGAGCCAGAUCGAACUAUUCACAUUCCUCUUGCACGAGUUCCUCUCCAUCUCCGACAUUGAAGACCGCCUUGAACGCACAUCCCACCUUCUCGGGAAAUUCGCCACGUUUUUUGACCCUCUGCGGAUUCUGAGAGACAUCCCGGAUGAUUGGACUGUGGAGAUGUUGAGUGAAUUCCUGGUGAGGAGUUUCCGUGCUGCCACGACCGAGCGGAACCAGCUCGUGAUCAUGAAGGCGUUGAGCGCGGCGCAGAAUCUCAUAGGGCAGGUCGAGUUCGUCGAGCUGUGUGAGAAAAUCGGGCCGAAAGUCGAGACAGGGGAUGGGGGCAGUGGACGGGGUCAGGAAGGGUUUGAAGAGGCGCGAGAGGUAGAUGUCAGAGGAGGCUGAUAAGGCUAUGACAUACAUAUGAAGCUGCCACAAGGCAUUCCAUCCACACAGGGCUACAACUUACGGUAUUGGAACACUAUCUCAGAUCAGAUGCACGAGUAUGAUCACGUUUCUGACUUGAGUGCCUCAUGGUCGUAUUGCUUUGGACCUGACAGUUUUCCAUGAGCGCCAGCUUCUUCUUACCCUUGCCAAUCCAUCCCUUAGACACACGGCCUAUCCGCCCGAUUGGGGGAGGGACGUCUGAAUUGAUGUGCGCAUGGUGGCGAUGUCUUCAAGGACGAACGCCUGGAUUCGCGGAAUAGCAGACAAGAAAGGGAAGUACUCGGGGUAUACAGUAGAAAGCCCGCAGAUGCGAUGGUAAAAAGGAUCCAACAUAUUAGACAUUAGUCGGGAUGCCCGCGUUGCAGAAGAGUAGAACAUCCCAGGGCAUCCGCAUGCCUGAUCGUGCAACACAAGUAGUGACAACCAAGAGAACUG